UGUCAAAUUCCCAAAAUGAAAUCAACACAAACCUCAGCCUCACAAACUAAACAAAUUAUUUUCCAGUAUAAAAUAUUAUUUGUCAGGGACUAAUAAUUUUAUCCAACAAUGAGUAUUCCAGAUAGAAUCAGACCAUAUCUAAAAAUAUUAAAAGAAGUGGUUAUGUGGGGCAGUGGUGGUUUAUUUGUUGUUUAUCACAUACACCAAACAAGUAAGGCAUUAAACAGAGUAGUGAACGAUGACGUGCUAAAUAUAGAAAAAAAGGGGACUCCCGAAUACAUUUAUAUUGAUGACCCUUCGUACAACGAAGAGUUAAAAUUGCAACAGGAUCGAGAGACUAGGCAAUCAGUUGGGUUAGCGAGAAUAUGGAAAAGCUUGAAGCAUUCAUUAGCCUGGCGGCUGCUGUGGCUUUGCAAGCAUGGAAACAAGGAACAGCGGAACAUAGCACUGGAACAGCUUGCUACCUUCAAAAACAACAAGAUUUGGGACUGUUGGAAGCUGGCGCAGGCUUUAGACAAAAACACCGCGGUACUGCUGGCCAGAACGCGCGGCGCCGAUCUUCGCUACUUUCUUCCUCCACCUAUCCACGUACGGCGAGCUGCCAUAAGUUCCCAUCUGCUGUCCUUCCAAUUCCGGGAUAUGAUUCUGGCGGCACAGACUGCUAAGCCUCAUGGUUGCCUCAAACAUUUCCUCUCUAAAUAUUUUGCCAAUGUACAAGAACAAGCUAUGGAAGCAGACAGUAUACCUGCCAAACCAGACAGUAUUAGUGAAAAAGAACUUUGUAUAUUAUGUCUAGAUGCUAUUCAUCACCACAUAUUAUUAUUUCAUAGUAGAGAUUAUGAACAAGAUAUUUCUUCUAAAACAUUUAUUGAUGUGCAACUCUUGCCAAAAUUAGCUGAGCUAUUGUUGAGAAAUCGUAAUGAUGCUGAAAUUGAGAUGGCUGUGUUGAGAAUCCUCACUAUUUUAAGUAUACACACAAACUUAUUGGAACAUUUUUUCCAAAAUGGUCUUGUGGGAGAAUUAUCACGCAUGUUGAGAUCAAAUGAUAUCCGUCUGUCGAGUUCUGCAGCUGUGACAUUAUCAAACCUGUCAGGGGAAAGUUGCUAUAGGCCAGGCUUGUUCCUAUUACAUCCUAUUUACCGGACCACCUCUCCUCCCUCUUGUGAUACUCUAUUAGUACAUGGCCUAAGAGGUGGAGUAUUUGUAACUUGGAGACAAAGGGACAAGAAAUGUGCUGAACCAGUUGGUAUUGUUGAAGUCACAGUGACGGACAAUGACUGUGAUCCAUGUGAAGCUACCACCACAAAACCAUUUUCAGACCCUGAACUGAAUGAGGUUAUACAAGACCUAAUGAUAUUAGAUGAUGAAGCAUUACUUGCUGAUAUGGAAGUAGUCUUACAUGAUCUUCCUAUUCAGACAAGACGAGAAUCAGGGAAUGGUUUUAAAUAUACUUCAGAUAAAAAACGUAUAGGCCUAAUAAAUGAAGAGGAAGACCACUGUAAUUAUACCCAUUGUUGGCCUAAAGACUGGCUGCCUAAGGAUUGUAACAAUUUAAGAAUUUUAGGGGUUAAUUAUUGGAGUACUUUAUCAGCCUGGAUGGAACGCUGUCCAAUGUUAACUGCAGAUAUAGCAGAGAGAGCUGAAAACCUGACAGUAGCCUUAGUAGAUGCUAAAGUGGGCUCCAAACCAGUAGUGUGGCUUUCACAUUCAAUGGGUGGUCUAAUCACUAAACAAUUGUUGGUAGAAGCAGCAAAAAGUGAUGACCAGCCUCUUAAUGAUAUUGCUAAAAAUACUAAAGCAGUAUUCUUUUACAGUACACCACAUAAAGGGAGUUCUUUAGCCACUAUGCCUCGGGCGGCUGCUGCCGUAUUGUGGCCAUCCACUGAUGUUAAACAGCUUCAAAUAGACUCGCCCAUACUCUUAGAACUACACAAUAAAUUCAUUUCAUUUGCAGAUUUGUGUGGUUGGGACACAAUCAGUUUUGGGGAAACGAUGCCAACUCUAGUCACCGCAUUUAAAGUCCCCGUUCUUUUUGUGGACCCUAAUUCGGCAGACUUGGGCAGAGGUACAUUUUAUGAGAUGCCCCUUGAUCACCUGUCAAUAUGCAAGCCUGCAACUAGACAGUCUGUCUUAUAUACAACAGUUUUAGAUGUAAUUCAGAAAAUAACAAAUGAAAAUGUUGAAUUGGUGUACUAUAAUACUGUUAUACAGUUUUUGAUAGAUUUCUUUUGGAGUAUAAUCAGUAGUAAAACAAGGGAGGUGAUUGAAUCAAUGGAUGAAUCACAAAGCACUGAGCGAUUAAGAUGGUUUGAAAAGAUUUUGCUUGAAGCUUUCACUGAAGGGUUUACAGACUAAUUACCUAAGUUAACUUUUUUCAAUGAUUUUAAAGUAGGUAUUCCUUGAGAAAUAAUACCGUUGCAAACAUUAAAAAAAUAUUUUUUCAGUGAUUAAUAAAGUUCUUCAUUCAUUAAUAUGAACAAAUCAUUUGCUGUAUGAGUGUCGUAACAGAAUAAAUAAGGUAACUUUUGGUAAAAAUAAUUAUUGAUAACAAAAUAUCAAUUGAUACUUAUGAUGUCCAGGAAUAUCAAUUGUCACGGACACCUGCAAGAAUUAUGACACUACUAUGGUGCAAAAAUUUAUUUAUUUCUAUGAUCAAUAUUCGCAAUUGUUGAAAAUAAAUUUGAGAUUGUUUUAUUAUGCUGUUUUUUGAGAGAAAAAUAAAAAAUCAUUGUAAUUUAUGCUACCAAGAAGAGAGCUUAGCUCAUUACUUAAAGUUAUUUUUUACUUAAAUGUGUGGUAUUGGUAUGAGGAAAGAAAUUAAAUAUUAAUAAGAAACAACAAGUACUUAUAUCAUGUAAAGUAUCUGUGGUGGUAAUAUUAUUUAUUUUAUAUUUGUUACUAUUUGUAUAAAAGAUGAAAAGAAAAAAGUUUUAUUCAUAUCAAUUUCAUUUUUUAUUUUAAUCAUAUCAAA